CGACGCGACGUCCGGUCCGCAGGCAGCUGUGUCCGCGGUCUUUGGGGUGACGCUCCAUUUCGCUCACGCGCACACGGAACGACAAGGACGACACACACCGAACACACCACUUGGCAACAACGCGCUGUCGUGAGAUCGCUUACGUACGCUCGCUUUUGGUCGGUUAGUACGCUUCAGACCGCGUCGGAGUACCAUCGUCACAAAUUCAUUCGUUAUGAAUUCAAAUAUGUCGAAUAAGUUAUCAGAAAGAGAGAUUAUCGUCGAAAUGCUACGACUUUACAAAGAAAAACCAUACUUGUGGAAUCCAACUCAUAUGAAUUACAACGAUAAGAAAGUCAGAAAAAAGGGAUUUAUGGAACUAUUGGAGAUAUAUCAAUUAAUUUGUGAAGACGCAACGAUUGACACAAUAAGGAAGAAAAUUGACUACUUAAGGUGUGGGUAUAGACGCGAACGAAGGAAGGUAUUAGCGGCCAAAGCACAAGGUGAAGAACAUAUACCCAUUUUGUGGUAUUAUGACUAUCUUUCCUUUUUACAUGACGAUGACUUGAAUAAUUCAAAACUUGAAACAGCAACCUAUUUGCAAGAAAAUGAGGACGGUGGUUUCGAAUUACAAGAAGUUCCAGAGAAAAGAUCGAAAAUUGAAGAAAUAAUGCUUUCUGCACCGGACAUGUCUCCAAUUCACAAUUCUGAUAGCUCCAAUGAGCCGACAAAAAAAGAAUCGUUGGACGACCCCGAAGAAACAAUGAUCGAUCUCGAGUCGGAGGCGUUUGGGCGAACUGUCGGUCUCCAGCUUAGGGAAUUAACUUCUACCCAAAGAUACAUUGCCGAAAAACUAAUUUCAGAAGUAAUAUUUUACGGAAGAUUAGGACAACUAGCAACUAAUUCUACAAUAGGGACAGAAUAAACUCGAAAUAAUAA